UCAAAGUCGCCUAUCUGUCGAGAGGAGUCAGCAGAGCCGAGUGAAGUUAAUUGGUUCCCCCAGGCGUUGUUUUUUUUCUUUCAAAUUCAACUUUUCAUGCCGUCUGCUACACCUGCCUGCCAAUGGGCGCGGCUGGGACCUAUGCCCAAGUCUCUGUUUUGACUUGCCUGGGAAAGUUGAGCUAAAAGGCACAAAGGGACCGAGGAUCGAGAAGGACAUCCCACCCGCGUGUCAACUUGGUAUAAACACAUUAUCUAUCCCGUGGACGCGAACAGUCGCUCCAUCUUGAGAGGAAUCCGGAUUUGAUUGUUUAUUUCUCGAGUUGGCUGAAGAUAAAAUGGGAUGGACGAGUUAACAAGACAGAUCGACUUCUCAGGAGGCUUGUCAGGAGAAAGGGUUGUGACAGAAACAGUAACCUCAACCACCAGACUGUCUUCUCUGCCACCAAAGGGAAUCAGCGGAUCAAAUCACAGGAAUAUGUCCAGCGGUGCUGGAGGGCUGGGCUUGGAGAAGAAUGUCUUAACCCAGAACAGCAGUGGAACUUAUUUCUCCUCAUCCUCUGGAGGAGUGAACGCCAGCAGCUUCAGCUCCUCCUCGGGAGUUUACCUCGGGGGAGACUCCUCGGGAGGUGAUGGAGGAGGGAUCUUCAUAGACGGAGAGGGGUAUGGAAGAAGAGGAGGAGGAGGAGGAGGAGGAGGAGGAGGAGGAGGAGGAGGAGGAACUGGAGGAGGUGGAGGAGGUGGAGGCAGAGGCGGCAGUUAUCUCGUGAGCUCGGUGUCAAAGGUCAGGUCGAGCUCGUCUGGCGGUGUCAGGAGAACUGCAGGCUCAUCAGGAGGCCUGUCGCCAUCUUCCCGGGAGAGGAAGGUCACAUCCAGCCGCUCAGGAGGCUAUGAUGGAAGUUCCAGCGCUAAUUCCUCCCCAGAGUUUGCACGCAAAGAUUAUGGAGUCUAUUGUUCCAGCACCCAAAGAGGGAGGAGCGAAAGCAGAGAAAGCGAGAUCAGAGCCAGAUUACAGAGCGCCUCUCCCAGUGCCAGCAGAUGUAAGAGCACUUGAGACACAUUCAUCUAUUCACUGUUCGUUAUG